UAUAUUCCUUUCAAUCGAUUUGGAUUAAUCUUUUUACGCAGGACGCAUAUAAAUUCAGCCGGGCAGACUUUCAGAGUGAUGUUUCAAUAUUGAUGUUUGAACGCCUAGAAAAAUUGAUCGCGUGUAAUUUUUGUAGUUAUAACAAAUUUUUAAACGAAAAUGGAAAAGUGGAAUGGAAAAGUUGCUGUUGUAACCGGCGCUUCUUCUGGGAUUGGAGAGGCGACUUGUCGACUACUGGUUGAAAAGGGAAUGGUAGUUGUUGGUUUUGCUAGAAGAGAACAUAAACUCGAGGAUUUAGAAAGCGAUUUGAAAGGAAAACUGGGUAAAUUUUAUUACAUUAAAGUUGAUCUGUGUUCGGAAGAAAAUAUUUUGGAAGCUUUUAAGUGGGUAAAGAAAACAUUGAAAUCAGUUGACGUCCUAAUUAACAAUGCAGGGGUUUUGAAGCAAACCGACUUCUUAGGGAACACAAAUGAUUGGAAACAAAUGUUUGACACAAAUGUCAUAGCUCGAAACAUUUGCAGUAGAGAGGCCAUCAAAAUUAUGGAGGAAUUAAAAACUAAUGAGGGUCACAUAAUAAAUAUUAACAGUGUUGGAGGUCAUUACCAAUUUUCACAUAUGAAAGAUAUUUCUGUUUAUGUCGCUACCCAACAUAGUGUUACUUCAAUGACAGACAAUUUAAGAGAAUUGAUGGGCAUGAAAAAUUUACCCAUCAGAGUCACGAGUAUCAGCCCGGGUGCAGUAGAAACUGAAAUAACUAAAGACUUGGGGAUGGACAAAUUAAAAGGAGUAAAGAUGUUGAAAUCUAUUGACAUUGCGGAAGCUAUUUUGUACGCUUUGAGUGCACCACAACAUGUUAACGUCUCUGAAAUAAACAUAAGACCAACAGGCGAGAAUAUAUUAUGUUUUAUUACGAAUAACCUUGCAUACCUAGACAUCAAUUAGGAUUAAUACACAUCCGAACCCUCAAGUAUCAACAAUGUACUCAUAUCUAUGUACUUCAGUGUUUAAGAAUAAAUAAUAAUAAUAUGUAAUAAUAUUAUGUAUGCAUAUCCUAUAGAUAAUUAUCGAUGUAUUUUAUUUAACCUGAUUGACAACCAUGAACUAAGCUAUUGUAAAAAAAUUCCAUCCUUACAUUAACGUAAUUCUAUUAAAUCUUAAAUAGGUAUCAUUUAAGUAGCCGAAGUGGUAUCAAUAGAAACCCACUUGACUCAUCGUCAACAACUCAAUAUACACUUAUCACAAUUUAUUAUUGUAAUUCUGUAUUAAUGGAGAUUGUACAUUGUCAAAAUAAAAAUAUAAAAUAAACCCUUUCAA